AUGGUUUUCAAACUUAUUGUUACAGCUGGACAAAAAUAUUUUGCUGAGUUUCUUAAAAGUGAAUACAGUGAUGAGAAUAUAUUAUUUUGGCAAGCAUGUGAAGAACUGAAACGUGAACAAAGCCGUGAGAAAAUGGAAGAAAAAGCACGGAUAAUUUAUAAAGAUUUUAUAUCAAUUCUGUCACCUAAAGAAGUAUCACUUGACUCACGUGUUAGGGAAAUUAUCAACAAUGACAUGACGUAUCCAACAGCGCACACGUUUGAUGAAGCGCAAAAUCAAAUUUACACUUUGAUGCAACGAGAUUCGUAUCCUCGUUUUGUGGUAUCUGAUUUGUAUAAGAAAAUUCUGGCCUCUUACGGACAUAUGGAAGAACUGUGA